ACUUGGUGUAUAUAGACUUAGAUUUGAGCAACACAAUAACGCCUGAUCAUCCUCUUGAAAUCCGAGCUAACCAACCAAAUGUUGCUGAAAUAUACAUUCAGAUGACCGACGUCAGCAUUACGGGAGUCAAUAACUUCGCUUCAUAUGGUAGCUCAAUGCAAUUAGUAGAUGUAGAUGCUGUUUCCAUAAUUAUCAAGUCCCCCAAAGUUACGCUUGACGCUGGGCAUUACUUCAUCAACGGGACCAUGGUGGACCACAUACAGCUCGUCGGAGAGGGACCCGGCAUGAUCUCUGUAGAUGACAUGGAGAUUCGGGUGAAUGGUCGUGGUAACUUCACGUUGAAACCUGUCACUAUGGUAUUCUCCGAGGCUUCCAUUAACUUGGAGAUGUGGCGUUGGACGGUAAUUUUGUUUUAAGGUUAACCUGG